AUGGCGGUGGAGCCUGCGAGCAGAGGAAAGAGAUCGGCUGGCUACAUUCAGCCUGCUCAGCUACAGCAUCUAGGCCCCCAGGGAUCAAGAGGGUCAGGAACCGAUGCCCAGGCUGAGAAAUCCAAAGGGGGGACCUGGUUGCUGGGUAGGGGGAGGCGGGCCGGGACCCGGGGCUCAGGCUCGGUGAGAAGGUGGGGCGCGGAGAAGGACGCAGAGGCGGACGUGGGAGACGGUGGGGCGCGGGGAGAGGGGAACGCGCGGGAAAAGGGUGAGGGCGCAGAAAAGGAGGAACGCGGGUUGAGAGCGCGGGAAAGGGAUGGGGGUCGAGUGCGGAGACAAGGCGCAGGGAAGCGGCAGGAGCAGGCGGAAGCGCCCGCGCGGGAAGGUAUAAAAACGACCGCGGCCACGGCCCGGCACCUCACAGCUGCGCCCGCCGAAGUCGCGCCUCGGCGCGCACGCGCCGCCCCGCCCCCGCAGCCUGCCCACAGCCCGCCCGCAGCCAAUCCCCGGCCUCUCCGAGGACUCGGCACCGGAAGACACCGCGCGGCCCCGGAAGUGACGCCCCGGCGUGCUGACGCGCGGGCUCGAGCCAAGGCCGAUUCCGCGCCCGCCAUGGCCGACAAAAUGGACAUGUCUCUGGACGACAUCAUUAAGCUGAACCGGAGCCAGCGAGGCGGCCGCGGCGGAGGCCGGGGCCGCGGCAGGGCCGGCUCCCAGGGCGGCCGCGGCGGCGGGGCGCAGGCCGCCGCGCGAGUGAACCGAGGCGGCGGGCCCAUCCGGAACCCGGCCAUCGCUCGAGGCGCGGCGGGCGGCGGCGGCAGGAACCGGCCGGCGCCCUACAGCAGGCCGAAACAACUUCCUGACAAGUGGCAACACGACCUUUUCGACAGCGGUUUCGGGGGCGGCGCAGGCGUCGAGACGGGUGGGAAACUGCUGGUGUCAAAUCUGGAUUUUGGAGUAUCGGACGCUGAUAUUCAGGAGCUCUUCGCUGAGUUCGGAACUCUGAAGAAGGCGGCCGUACACUACGACCGCUCUGGGCGCAGUUUAGGAACAGCCGACGUGCACUUUGAACGGAAGGCAGAUGCCCUGAAAGCGAUGAAGCAGUACAACGGCGUCCCCCUGGAUGGCCGCCCCAUGAACAUUCAGCUCGUCACGUCACAGAUUGACACACAGCGGAGACCCGCACAGAGCGUAAACAGAGGCGGGAUGACCAGAAACCGCGGUUCCGGAGGCUUCGGGGGCGGUGGCGGCACCCGGAGAGGCGCUCGCGGAGGAAGCCGGGGCAGGGGCAGAGGCACCGGCAGGAGUUCGAAGCAGCAGCUCUCCGCCGAGGAGUUGGACGCCCAGCUGGACGCUUAUAACGCCAGAAUGGACACCAGUUAAACAGACCGGCAGAUCCUCGAGCGGAGCAGGACCCGGACGUCCCCUCCGUGCUCCCUGGCGGGAGGGGGGUGGAGGACCGGGGCUGUGCGGCUAAUGACGGAUUUGUUUCUUUUAUGUUUUAAAAUAGGAUUUAAAAACUCAUGUAAAGGUUUUUUGUUCUUUUUUUCUUUUUUUUCUUUUUUUUUCUUUUUUUUUUCUUUUUUUUUUUUUUUUUAAAUUCUGAAACAGACCUGUUUUGUACCGAGUUAUUUUUGGGAUAAAUUUUACCGGUUGCUGUUGUGGAGAAGGUGGCGUUUUCACCUUUGCCAUAAUAAAAUAGAAACGUGUGUAGAACUGGAA